GGCGCGCGCCACCCGGGCCGGCGUCGGGCUGGGCGCUCCGGAGAGCCGGAGGGAGAACCGGGAACGGGGCGCCAGCCCGGCGAGUCCCGCCGCCCAUGAGCUCCUCGCCGCCCGCCCGCAGGGGCUUCUACCGCCAGGAGGUGACCAAGACCGCCUGGGAGGUGCGCGUCGUGUACCAGGACCUGCAGCCCGUGGGCUCGGGCGCCUAUGGCGCGGUGUGCUCGGCCGUGGACAGCCGCACGGGCGCCAAGGUGGCCAUCAAGAAGCUGUACCGGCCCUUCCAGUCGGAGCUGUACGCCAAGCGCGCCUACCGCGAGCUGCGCCUCCUCAAGCACAUGCGCCACGAGAACGUGAUCGGGCUGCUGGACGUGUUCACUCCAGAUGAGACCCUGGAUGACUUCACAGACUUUUACCUGGUCAUGCCGUUCAUGGGCACGGACCUGGGUAAGCUCAUGAAGCAUGAGACGCUGAGUGAGGACCGCAUCCAGUUCCUCGUCUACCAGAUGCUGAAAGGGCUGAAGUAUAUCCACUCGGCCGGCAUCAUUCACAGGGACCUGAAGCCCGGCAACCUGGCCGUGAACGAGGACUGUGAGCUGAAGAUCCUGGACUUCGGCCUGGCCAGGCAGGCCGACAGCGAGAUGACGGGAUACGUGGUGACUCGGUGGUACCGGGCGCCUGAGGUCAUCUUGAAUUGGAUGCACUACACACAGACAGUGGACAUCUGGUCUGUGGGCUGCAUCAUGGCGGAGAUGAUCACAGGGAAGACGCUGUUCAAGGGCAAUGACCACCUGGACCAGCUGAAGGAGAUCUUGAAGGUGACGGGCACGCCACCCGAUGAGUUUGUCCAGAGGCUGCAGAGUGCGGAUGCGAAGAACUACAUGAAGGGCCUCCCCGAGUUGGAGAAGAAGGAUUUCGCCUCCAUUCUGACCAACGCAAGCCCUCUGGCCGUGAACCUCCUGGAGAAAAUGCUGGUGCUGGACGCGGAGCAGCGGGUGACGGCGGCCGAGGCCCUGACCCACCCGUACUUCGAGUCGCUGCACGACGCGGAGGACGAGCCCCGGGCCCAGAAGUACGACGAGUCCUUCGAUGACGUGGACCGCACCCUGGACGAGUGGAAGCGUGACACGUAUAAAGAGGUGCUCAGCUUCAGGCCUCCCCGGCAGCUGGGGGCCAAGUCCUCCAAGGAGACAGCCCUGUGAAGACCCCCGGGCCCUGAGGGGGUGGCGGGAUGUCUCGGGGACCCUGGCUGGCACUUCCGCCUGGAAGGGGGGGAAUCCUGUGACCUGGGCUGGAGCUUGCAUCCCAGGAGACUCCUCAUUCCAUGCACUCCAUCCCCCAAGCCUGCGGCCCUGCUCCCGGGUCCCCAGCUCAGCCUAACAUGGAGGAGUGUGUGGACUUCCUGCACAGGGCGCCCUCCGGACCUGGGGCUGGCCUCCGCAGUGGUCCCCGAGCUGGGUGCAGCAGGAAGCCGCAGAGCCUUGGGGGCGGGGCGGGGCUUGGGGUGCAGCCUGGCCUCGGGCCCUGCCUGCUUGGUCACGCUGAGGCCCAGUUCACGGCUGAGGAAGGACAGGAAGGGCGCAGGCGCUGACUCAGGGACGAUCUUGCAAACCCAGCUGGAAUGUACACUGUCCUUGCGGUGCCCACGCGGCUGGGAGGAAAUAAACCCUUUUGUAG